AUGAGAUCCUCCAUACUUGAUUCAGACUAUGUUCAGAUUACCUUUUCAGGAUUCCUUUUGGGUCUCGCGGUAACUAGCGCGGUGAUCUAUGUUGCCUAUCAGAGAUUCCUCCACCCCUUAGCUGGCUAUCCAGGCCCAUUCUGGGCAUCUGUCACGGAUCUGUGGCAGGUCAAUCAGUUCCUGUCUUUAAAGCAACCGUACAACUUGACCGAGCUUCACGAGAAGUACGGUGAGUUUAUCAGAUAUGGACCGGACAAGUUGAGCAUCACUGCCGAAGAGGUCGUCCCUCUGGUGUAUCAGAAGGGUGGCCAGCGGAUGCCAAAGACGGAGUACUACGAUGCCUUCGGCUCCAAGACCCCAAAUAUUUUUGGCAUGAGAUCCACAGAGCUACACUCAAUCAGGCGACGCCACAUGUCACACAGCUUCUCCAUCACCAGCGUGAAGGGCAUGGAACAGUACUUGGACCAGAACAUCAAGAUCCUGCGUGAUAAGAUCGCACGAUUCGCAAAGACCGGAGAGGCUUUUGAUCUCAAGAAGCUCCUGCACUUCUACACCAUUGACGUGUUAGGCGAGCUAGCUUUUAGUCGCUCCUUUGGGGUCCAGGCCUCUGGCGACGAGUCUCGUGUACCGCCCGUCAUCCCACAUACGCUUCUGGGCUCGACUUUGGGAGCGUGGCCGGCCAUGACGCAAACCCUCAAGCAAUGGCUACCACGAAUACCUAGCGCCGGUCUGCAGAAUUUGUUCGCGGGACGGGCCAAGUGUGCAGGGCUAGCGGCUGAAUGUGUUCAUAGACGAGUGGCGGAGGUUGAAGAAGACGAGAACAAGGGUAAGGUGCAGAGGAAAGACAUUUUGACCAGUCUCAUCUUAGCUCGACAUCCCGACACAGGAGAGAAGAUUGCAAGAGUCGAUCUGGAGGCCGAGGCAUUCGGAAUGAUCAUUGCCGGAACGCACACAACCAGUGCAACCACGACGCUUCUCUUUUGGAACUUGCUACACAACCCAGAGGCACUUAGCAAGUGUGUACAGGAAGUGGACGAGAACCUGACUUCUCUAGACAACGGGAAAGAUGCCUACUCAAUCACAGAAGUAGAAAGCUCCCUACCAUUCCUUCGGACAUGUGUCAAGGAGAACUAUCGUAUAACCCCUGUCUUCACGAUGCCGCUGGCGAGACGUGUGACAGCUCCCGAAGGAAUCAUGGUCGCGGGCCGUCACAUCAAACAAGGGACAUCCGUGGCAGUGUGCAACCACGCAUUCCAUCACAAUCCGCAAGUAUGGGGCGACGACCACGGCGUCUUCGACCCGUCAAGGUGGGAUCAACCAGAGACAGCUGCGCGCGCCCGUUACCUGAUGCAUUUCGGCCUGGGUGGUCGCCAGUGUCUUGGCAAGACGUUGGCACAAUCCAACAUCUACAAGCUGACCAGCACCUUGCUGCGCGAGUUUGACUUUCAGCUAGCUGAUCCUAUGGAGAGAGGUCUUGCUACAAAUGGAAGCUUUCACGGGGUCUUGCCGGAAUUGAUCAGCGUGGGGGUGAGUGAUCUGGCAGGACCUCUGAUGGUCACUGCUAGUGCCAGGACUCAAAUGUGA